CAACUGACUUCUGGAAGGGUCCCAAAAUCUCUGACAGAGCGUAGAUUCUGAGACCACCAUAUCAUGAAUGAAAACAUGAAUCAAGAAAAGAAGAGACACUCUUCUGUCAAUCUCGAUAAACUUCUGGAAGAACAUUCACAGAUCGAGAAGAAAUUUGCAGAGGUUAAUGGAAAGAAUAACCUACUCGAGAUUCAGCUGGAGCGAUUAAAUAGAUUGUGGAAAAUAAGCCAGGCAAAAGAACAGAGCUCUGCAGAAGAGUGUGCCGUAUUACGGAACAUGAUAAAAGGGCUGCAGGAGACAAUGGAAGCACAAUGUAACAUGAAAGAUGAAAACUGCAGUCUGAAGAAGACUAUAAAUGGCCUAGAGGAGAAACUACAAAGUGUCACACAGGGAUCACUGAUGACAGACUUGUCCUCCUUGUUCACUAAAAUGACUGCUGAUAUGCAUGUUAUUGAUAACAGGGUGUCACAUCUGGAAGACAGUAUGGAGGAAUGCACCUCGACUGUGAAUGACCUUAUAGACUCAUUACAUGAUGUAAAAGAUGAACAAUCCUGGCUGAGGGCGGCUCCUGUAUGCAAACAUAGACACUUCACUCAGAUCUUCUCGGCACCUUUCACAUCUAAAAAGAGAGGUGUUCUGAUUGCAAUUAAGGACUCCAUCUCAUUCCAGAUGAAACAGUCCGACUACAAGGGCAAGAUGGAAUUACUAACACAUGAAAUGCGAGACAAGGAGGAAGAGUUUAAGGCGCAAAUGGAGAAGAAGUGUUGUGAGGUGGAGACCAAAUUGUUGCUUAAAGAAGAGGAAAAAAGUAAGCUGCUUUCUAAGAAGGAGAUAGAAAUAUCUGAGUUAACUCGACAACUAAAAACUCAAGAGAAAGAAAAACAAAGCGAGCUGAUCAAACAGCAGAUAGAGUUCAAUGCGAAGCUGGCAAGAAUCCAAAACAGAAGUAACAAAUCUUACCAAGAAACAAGCACUUUAUCGCAGAACAUCUACAGAAUGAAACUGCAGCAUUUGCAAGAGGAAAAGACCAAAGAAAUUGAAAACCUCCGAAGCACAAUUAAGGAAUUAGAGAGAAAGCUCAAUGGCGGAACAGAUUCACGCUUAAAAAGGAAACGUUUCUAAAAGCAAAAUAAAAUUGUGUCAUAUAAAGCUGCAUUCUGUAAAAUGAUUCUU